CCCCGGGCCGGGCCAUGCCCUGCUGCAGCCGCGGCAGCAAGAGCAGCUCGCUGGCCGCCCGCUGCCCCGAGGGGACCCCCGCAGCGGGCUUUGCCCGGCGCGAGGAUGAGGAAAACCCGGGUGCAGCGCAUGGUCCUGGCCACUUGUCUGGGCUCUUUCCUCCUGGUGAUUUUCUACUUCCAAAGCAGCCUGAACCCAGCUGCAGAGGAUAGGAUUCUGGGGACCAGCUGGCAUGGGAAGUCAGGCCGAAAUCCGCUCCAGGCACUUUACGACAGUGACCAGUUCGAGCAGUCAUCACUGCAGGCCACUCACCAGCAGAGGCGGGACCUGCUGAGCAGCGUUUGCAACCGCUACACCCGCAAGCGGCGCCUCCUGACGCCUGAUGACCUGCGCCACCUGGUGGUGGAUGACAUGCAUGGGCUGCUCUACUGCUAUGUGCCCAAGGUGGCCUGCACCAACUGGAAGCGAGUCAUGAUGGUUUUGACUGGACAGGGCAAGUACCAGGACCCUCUGGAAAUCCCAGCCAAUGAGGCCCAUGUCUCGUCCAACCUGCGCACCCUCUCCGAGUACAGCACUCCCGAGAUCAACCAUCGCCUGCGCAACUACCUCAAGUUCAUCUUUGUGCGGGAACCCUUCGAGCGCCUGGUCUCGGCCUACCGCAACAAGUUCACCCGCCGCUACAACACAGCCUUCCACAAGCGCUACGGCACUAAGAUCAUCCGCCGGCACCGGCAGGAGCCCAGCAACGAGGCCCUGGAGCGUGGUGAUGAUGUGCGCUUCGAGGAGUUCGUCUACUACCUGCUGGACCCACGCACACAACACGAGGAGCCCUUCAACGAGCACUGGGAGCGGGUGCACUCGCUCUGCCACCCAUGCAUCAUUCACUACGAUGUGGUGGGCAAGUACGAGACACUGGCCGAGGACGCCAACUAUGUCCUGCAGCUGGUAGGGGCUGAUGCCAGUAUCAAGUUCCCCUCGUCCUCCAAGACCACCAGGACCACAGAUGACAUGACAGCCCAGUUUUUCGAGGACAUCAGUCCCUUCUACCAAAGGAGACUCUUUAAUUUAUACAAAAUGGAUUACUUGCUCUUCAACUACUCCAUCCCGUCAUACCUGCGCCUCCGAUGAGGGUAGUGGUAGGGGGGACCCUAGAGAACUGGAGGCCUCACCUGUUUUUAGCUACUCAAGGCACCUCCCACCUUCCCCCCGCAUCCUCGCUGUUUGGUUAAUUCCUUUCCUCUCUGCCUCUCCAUUCCACUUCAAGCACGUGCAUCACUUGCCGACACUCUCAUUGGGACUGACCAUGUGGCGAGAGGCUGCCUUGUUGAUUAUUACAUGGAAUGCUUGGGCCAAAGCACCC